AUGCCGGCCGAGAUCAAAAAGCUGGGUGUCGUGGGUGCGGGUCAGAUGGGUCUUGGAAUUGCUCUUGUUGCAGCGCAGAAAGCUCAGGUCCUGGUCACGGUUGUCGACAACUCGCAGCAGUCUUUGGACAAAGGUAUGGCAUUUGCGGACAAGCUUUUAGCCAAGGAUGUGUCGAAGCAGAGAAUCACACAGGAAAUUGCAGAUGCCACCAAGAAAAGGAUCACCACGACUGUAAAUAUGUCCGACCUGAGUGAUGUGGACAUGGUAAUCGAGGCGGUGCCAGAAAUCCCUAAACUGAAGCAGGAGAUCUUUGCUCAGCUAGCAGAGAUAUGUCCUAAACACGCUAUUCUAGCCACGAACACCAGUAGCAUUAGUAUAACAAAGAUUGCUGCUGCCACCACUAAGAACCCGACCGAUACUCAGGCCUCAAGUCGUGUAGUGUCAACCCAUUUCAUGAAUCCUGUUCCUGUACAGAAGGGUGUCGAGAUCAUCUCUGGUCUGCAAACCUCGGAUGACACCCUGAAAACAGCUGUCGCUUUUUGUGAAAAGAUGGGCAAGGUUCCCUCGGUAUCGGCUGACUCUCCGGGAUUUCUUGCGAACAGAAUCCUCAUGCCCUACAUUAACGAAGCUGUCAUCUGCCUAGAAACUGGUGUGGGACAGAAAGAGGAUAUUGAUAACAUUAUGAAAAACGGGACCAACGUCCCUAUGGGCCCUCUUGCCCUAGCCGAUUUUAUCGGACUCGAUACCUGCCUCGCGAUUAUGGAAACACUCCAUAGUGGUUUGGGAGAUUCCAAGUACAGGCCAAGUCCUCUCCUACGGCAAUACGUGGAUGCUGGGUGGCUAGGAAAGAAGAGUGGAAAGGGCUUCUACGAGUACAAGUGA